AAGAGUCCUCACUGGAAGCCUCCCCUCUGUGCAGCCCUUUCCACAGACUUUAGAAGUGAUUCUGGAAAAGUAGGCACGGAGAGGCACUGCGCAAGAAGGACAGGACAUCCUGAUAGACGUCAAACCAAACAUGAAACGUCAGCUGUUUGCUGCACUUCUGUACGUAUCUUGCGGAGCAAGUGCACUGGCAACAAGUCUUCCAACUGCGGCCGCGCCGGUCGCCAAUUUGACCAGCGUUGUUGGCGCAGCGCGCAGCUAUGGAACAGACACAGCUUCUAAAAGCAGGAGGAAGCGUUACAUUACGCAGAACGACAUGCUUGCCAUCCUUGAUUACCAUAACAAAGUGAGAGAGAAAGUGUUUCCCCCGGCUGCCAAUAUGGAAUACAUGGUGUGGGACGACAUGCUGGCUAAGACGGCUGAGGACUGGGCUCACGCCUGUUUGUGGGAGCACGGUCCACCGAGUCUCCUCAGGUUCCUGGGUCAAAACCUCUCUGUCAGGACAGGACGUUAUCGAUCCAUUCUUCAACUAGUCAAGCCAUGGUAUGAUGAGGUAAAAGAUUAUGCCUUUCCGUACCCUCGUGACUGCAACCCCAGAUGCCCGCUCAGAUGCUAUGGACCCAUGUGUACCCAUUAUACACAGAUGGUGUGGGCAACAUCUAACAAAGUAGGCUGUGCUGUUCACACGUGCUACAAUAUGAACGUAUGGGGUUCAGUGUGGAAACGUGCAACAUAUUUAGUCUGCAACUACUCCCCUAAGGGAAACUGGAUUGGAGAAGCCCCCUACAAAGUAGGCGUGCCGUGCUCCGCCUGUCCUCCCAGCUACGGAGGAUCCUGCAGCAACAAUAUGUGCUUCCCUGCUCUGAGCACAAACUACUUGCAUUGGUUCAAAUAAUCCCAGGUGCUAUUAUGACAUAUGUAAUCUGACAACUACCACAAGGACAUUUUAUUGAUUUGCACAGCAGUCUUGGAUCACACUAUUUUGUAUAUAUGGGCCUAUUUAAAGACACACACAUACAUUUAAAGGCAGCAGACAACUUGUAAAUAAACUGUACAUUAUUUGUUACUUUUUUGUACCUGAACUUUUUACUUUGCUAAGGUAGCGAUCAUUGUUAAAACAUAAUUUAUCAUAUCUUAAAAACAAUGUAAAUGUGGUGCUGCAUACAGUUUUUUCUUUUUUUAAACUACACCAUUUUACCACUAACAUUGUGGUAACUAUAGAGUAACAUGAUAAAAGCUGCUCAAACUUGCUCAUUGUGGUGCUAAGGGCACGACACAUUCAUGUUGUGUGCUAGUUUUCUUACAAAUGUUGUGACAUAAAGAUCUCUGUGCUCACGGGGAUAAAGCUACAUGGGCAUUUUCAGGGUAUUGUCUCACCUAUGAUACCUUGCAGCUAGAAAUACUAUACUGUACAUCAAUUAGGGGCUGUCAAAUUUUCCAAGUAAUCUGCAUGUUACUAGAACAACUAUUCAUGUGAAGAGAAACAUGAUGUUGACUACAACUAUGUCAACGAAUACGGGAUGAAAUAUGCAACAAAAGGGGAAAGGACAACCAGAAUUAAAGAAUGGAUAGAACAUGUAGCUAGAGAUGAUACCAAAACCUUUCGUCUGUACUGCAAAUUAGUAAACUAAAAACACUAUUCUGGAACGUCUUGAAAUCUUUGCAAUACCCGUAUUUUGGAGCAUUGUUCCAGAAUCCAUACCAAAUGGAAUACAUCACAUGUUGUGCUCAGUGGAGUCUCAACACGCCACCAACUGCUCUGAAAUGUUCAAGGUUACAUUCAGUGCAGGCUUUGCUUGUUUUACAUUGAGGUCAACUUUGGUUUACCUACACAGUAUAUGAUUUCUGCCUGCAAAAUCUAAUAUACUGCAGGAUAUAAUAUGCUGCAACACCAACCACAGCAAAGUCAGUAAAUCACAAAAUUUCUAUUUCCGUGUGGAGCAGGUAGCUCAGUCGGGUAGCAGCUGGGCUACCAAUAUUUAGAAGUGGGUUUGAUUCCUGGACAUGCUACCUGUCUGUGUUCUUGGAGAAGACCCUUCUUCAGCAUUGCUGGAGUCUACCCCGUUGUAAAAGGGUACCAGCCUUGGCUUGAGAAGUAACCAGUGUCGUACUGACUUCCCAUCCGUUGGUUAGUCUUAUCCAUUAUAAGCUAUAGAAUCCGGCAAUAAGCAUGGACAUUGGUGUGGCUCAGGGCCUAUAUAGCAUUUAAUAUUUGUGAGAGGUGCAAAUGAAAUUACUACAGUGUUAUUCUCCUAAUGUGACCUGGACGUUAGACUGAAAAGUCAAUGGUCUGAAGGCCGAACACAUCCAUAGAUUGGCCAAAGCCUUGUUUGUUUGCACCUUUAUCACAGUGUGCCUGGAGGUUUACUGAGUUAAUUAUGGAGAAUUUAUCCUUUAAAGUUGUGUUUCCAUACAUCGGUCCUCAGGGCCCAAAAGUCCUGCACGUUUUUCAUUUUUACCAGCUGGCUGGACAAUGAAACACACCUGGUUUGGCUCAUUAUGUGCAGAUAGAGCUGGUAGAAAUGGAAAAUGUGCAGCGCUUUUGUUCCCGAGGAUAAGCAUUGGGAAACUGCUUUAAUUUAUACCAUAUGAUUAAAUCAUGUGCAUACUUUAAAUUUGACCAAGAUAAGACCUUUUCCCUGAUGUACCUGUCUGUGACAGUUGUUGCACCUUAUUGUUGUUUGUUUUCAAAGUAUUAUAAAAUUGUUAUUUUGUAUGUGUAGAUAAUCAUUAUACCUUUACCAUGACUAUUUUUAAAUUUCAUAUAUAGUCUAAGUUAUUAAUUUGUAUAAGGAAUAUAUUUAAAUGAUUUUUUGUGAAAUGACUGUACAUAUAUGGCUCAUUUUCAUGUCAACUUUUAUAAUGAUAAAGUAAAUUUAUUCCAGUGUGAGUUAAGUGGCAUUCUUGUCCAUUUAGAAUAGACCUGUAUAAUUAAGCACUAUCUAUAGAAUAAUUUGAAGCUUCCUCCAUCUUUUUUGAGCAGUCAUUCAUCACACAGUCCCCAGAAUUUGCAUAAUGGAAGGCAGUAUGUUCUGAAUGAACCUUAGGACUAAGAUGUUGGAUGAUAAGAGACAAGAAAAGGCCCACAGAAUGUUGUCAUUCUUUCAAACAAGUCCUUUUUUUUCUCCAAAUAAAAGUGAUAAAUGUCAAUAAAAAAUGUCUACUUUACAUUUAUAGUACAUUUUACCUAGAUGUUUCCAUGCUAUAUCAUUUACUUGUGUUGUAAAGUUGACUAAUUUUCAGUCUUCUAACCGCACAAGAGUUAUCACCAAGAGCAGCCAUAUUUGUUUUUGUUGGGAUGUCAUUGGGGAACCUUGUAAAGUUUCCUACUUGUUACCUGGAGACUACAAAUUAACUAACUACAAAUUUGACAAUUUCCUGCACUGAUAGUAUUUACAUCAGCAACAUGCUCUGUAAUCUUUUGCUAAUGUGCUUUGUGCUUGUAAUAAAAUUACUUUGACUUUUU